AUGGACCAAACACACACCCGAGCCCUGGAGGCUCUGCAGCCCUUCGUCCACCUAGCCAACUCCAACAGCGCUACCUCCCCCCGCUUCAUCGCCAACAUCAUUACCAAUGCCACCUCCAGCCCGCACACCUACGUGUUCGCCGAGCUGCUCGAAACUCCGACCAUCCAGGCCCUGGGAUCCCCCGAAACGCCGGUCGAAUACCGCGGGUACCUGAAGCUGCUUGAGAUCUUUGCCUGGGGCACCUGGCAGGAGUAUCAAGCAACGCCCAACCUGCCCAAACUCAGUAGUGAGCAAACACUCAAGCUGCGCCUCCUUUCCCUCCUCACCCUCUCCACAACCACGAAACCACUCACCUACUCCGCGCUCAUGACCGCGCUCUCCCUCCCCACAACAUCCGACCUCGAAUCCCUCGUCACAACCGCCAUCUACGCCUCCCUCAUAACAGCCCGCCUCAGCCCUGCAUCUGACCCGCCCACCGUGAAGGUGACAGCGGUGGCGCCCCUCCGCGACGUGCAGCCGCAGUCUCUGCCGAAGAUGAUUAGCCUGCUAACAGAGUGGGAGACGCGGUGCGGCGACGUGGUCUCCGACCUCGAGGCCGAGAUAGCGCGAGUGAAGAGCAAUGCCGCGAAACGGCGAGCCAAGGAGCAAAGAUACCAGACGCUCUUGGAGGAGGCGGUUAAGCAGCGCUCCGAGAACGCGGGGAAUAAUGGCCCCGGAUCGGGGCGGGGUGGGAAGAAGGGGGUGUUUGGAAAGCUGGGCGCCGCCGCGGCGGGGAUGGGUCGCAACAAAAGGGAGUUUAGUGCCGAUGAUGUUGAUGAGGAUGAUGGGUUCUGGGAUAUCAGUGCGGAUGGCAUGGAUAUUGACGAGGGUGCUGGGUCGUCGUCGAGGGCCGCUGGGAGCAGGCAUUCCAAGCGCGUACUUGGAAAAAAGUCCUGA